AAAUUUUCCCAUUGUGUUGGGGGUUAGGAUUCUAGAACAAGUGAGUUUAGGGUCGACUCUUUUUUUACGAAGUUCCUGUAUUUAUAAGUUAUUAUAUCCCUAUUCCCAAGCAACUUCGUCUUCUUCGUUACAGUUCUCUUUCUCAUGCAACUCACUCACAAACCUUACUUCUCUUAACAAUGGCGGAUCCUAAACCUACCCUUCGCUCCUCGAAACACUUCCGAAUUAUGGAAAAUUUUAAGAAUUCUGUUUUCAAUGUCGCUAAUUCUUAAUCAAUUAAACCCUUUUCUCCUUCUCAAAUUGCCUUCAUUGAACAUCAACUCCUUUUAGCUUUUCCUGCUUUUCAAACUCCUACUCAUCCUACUUAUACUGCGAUGAUAGAAACUGCGGUGAAGGAGUUGGAUGAAGAAUAUGGGUCGAAUGAGGAGUCAAUUUCGAAGUAUAUAAAGGAAAAUUAUGAUGGUUUACCAUGGGCACACAGUGUGUAUUUAAGCCAUCAUUUGAGUAGAAUAUGUGAAAAUGGUGAGAUUGUAUGCACUUCUGAUAAUCGGUAUACCACACCAGCGUUAAUCGAGGAGCGUAAUUCGAGGGGUGAACAGCUGAAGCAAAGGUUGGGGAGGAGGAGGAUUAAAGAGUGUGCAGUUGAGGAGGGGAAUUUAGGUGGACAAAAAGUGGUUGAAGUGAGUGGAGAUGUGGUAGGAUUUCAAGAGGAAGACAUUAUGGUGUUAGGGAGGAGCAGGGUGAAGCGGAGAAGGCAGAGUUGUGUGGUUUUUGAAGAAGGUGAUGAAGCUGGGGGUGGUGGAAUUGUUGGAGAAGAGCACAAUAUUUCUAGUUGUAGCCAAAACUUGGAGGUUGAUAAGUGUAAUGAUGCGGGAGGGCUAGAAGAUGAAGAUGAUAUAGCCUGGAGGACCAGGGUGAGCAGAAGGCUGAGUUCUGUGGUUGUUGAAGAAGAUGAUGAAGUUUGGGGAGCUGCGGUUGUUGGUGGAGGGCAGGAUAGUAUUAACAGUAGCAAUAACUUGGUGGUUGGGAGGCAUAAUGAAGAGAUGGUGCUAAAAGAUGUAAUUGAUUUGACUGGGGAAGCUAGUGAGACGUCUGAGGAAUGGGGUGGUAUUGAAACAGUUGGUGAGGAUCAUGAUCUUGUGAAUGUGCCUGUGGAGCAGUUAGUUGUUGGGGACUUGAAAAGUGAAUUACUGCCUACAGAAUGCCAAUUUGAAGUGAAAUGUCAAGCCCUUCCUUUAGACGAUGAUGAGUGUGAAAGAAACACUGAAACAAAAUUAUUGGUUCCAUCAUCUGUGGGAGUAUUGCAGGCGAAACAUGAAAGUGAAGUUACAACUGAAAAGAUGUCCAUGGAUGAGGAUAAGAGUGCUGCUGAAUUGGUGCUUGAACCCGUUGAGUGUGUUGAGAAGUCAUCCAUAAAAGAUUUGGUCUUAAAGGAAAGUGAGUUUUUGAUUAGGGUUGAUGUUGAUGAGGUGGCUGUUAAAAAAAUCGGCCUUAAAGGAGAGUGAGCUAAUGAUUGUUCCUUUUGAGUGCAAUACUCCACUAGCUGCUGUUAGUGCUGGAAUAAAUCCAACCUCAGUGAGAAUUGAUCCCGUGAUUGUAUGUGGUUUGCCAGUUGAGCAAGAGCAACCACAAUGGAAACGAUCGGUGUAUCACACAAAAAAGAGGUUGAAAGCUUGCCAAAAAAAGAUGAAAGUCUCUUCAAAAUCUGUGCCAUCUUUGCCAGCUUUAACUGUGGAUCGUAAUUUGCUUGAUCGCAGCCAGCUACAAGAGCUUUCUUCUCAGAGAGGUUUUGAGACCAAGGUAACAGUUUUAAAAUGUGUAGGAGCUAGGAGCAGCUAGGAACAGCCUUGGAAUGAAGAAAGGGCUACCAAGGUAAAGGCUGAUUCGCUGACUUUGCAACCUCAGGUAAAGAAAUGAGGAAGGCCUCGGAAACAAAAAGAGGAAACCGAGGGAAGUGCAGUAGUUAUAAUGAAUGCGCAUCUUCAGCAAGAAGGAUUGUCUGAGCUGGAAAUUGAUCAGAAUCCCCAACUACAAACAAUGCAGCCUAAUAAUGAUGGUCCAGAAAGGCCACUGAAGCAAGUAGAAGCAAGCAAGGAGGUGAUCUAGGCUCUUCAAACUUGCAUUUCCAGCCGCAAGAUGAGUCAUCUGAAUUUGCUCUUAUUUCCAAUUCUCUGCAUAAAGUCAUACUGCUAGAAACGGAUGGCCAGAAACAGCCGUGGAUACAAACAGAUGGAGUCAAAGAAGAUGCAGUAAUAUCUUCAAAUUUGCAUUUGCAUCUCCAAGAAGGGUCAUAUGAACCUUCAGCUGGUCAUUAUUCUCAGCAACAUACCAAAGAGAUGAAAGAAGAAAACCUAGAGAGGCCAUGGAAACAACUAGAAGCAGCCAACGAAGAUGCAGUGGCUUCUUUAAAUUUGCAUGCUCAUCAACAAGAAGGGUCAUCUGAACCAGAAAGUGGUCAAAAUUCUCAGCAACAAUUCAAACAGCUUGAAAAAGAUUGCCAAGGAAGGUCACCGAAACAGAUAGAAGCUGCCAUGAAAGAUACUGCAGCUUCAUUGAUAUUGCAUCUUCAGAAACUAGCCGGGUUUUCUGAACCAGCAACUCUCACCAUAUCACAGCAACACAUCAGUGAGAAAUUGCAAAGUGAAGUUCACAGGACAUCUGAAACUGGACAAACAACACCACCCUCAGAUGAUGAAACUUGUCAACAGCUGAAGAAGCACAAAUUGCACAUUGGAGUUCAGCGUCCUAAAACAAGAGCAAUGACUGCCUCCUCGACAAUCAGCCUGAUCAGCAGCAAAAAGAGUUGCUCUGUCAUGAACAAGAAGGAAGUCAAGGAGAAUUUGAAGGAGGUCAGGUCCUAAGAUAAGAGCAAUGACAACCUCUUCCAACAAUCAGCCUGAUCAGCAGCAAAUUGUGCAGCACCAUCAUGAGCAUGAGAGAAGUUGUGGAAAAUUUGAAGGAGUUCAGGGUCCUAAAACAAGAGCAAUGACAACCUCAGACAAUCAAUCUGAUCAGCAGCAAAAUGAGUGGCACUGUCACAAACAUGAGGGGAAUCUAGGGAAAUUUGAAGUUCAGCGUCCUAAAACGAGAGCAAUGACAACCUCCUCUGACAACCAGCCUGAUCAGCAGCUAAAUGAGCGCAAUUGUCAAAAGGCAGCAAAGAUUGCUGUAGUUCCGUUGGCCUCGAUAGACCAGCUGUGCUUGAGAAUAAAGCGUCAAUCUCUGGAUAGCACUUGAACUAGUCUCGUCCACUAUGCAGCCAGGAUGACAAAAGAGCAAAGUGUGGAAAUCAAGAUAAUGGUGGAUUCAGCUGUAAUAUAUUCUAAAAUAUUUAGUGCAGGCCGGACUAUCCUCUGGGUCUUGUCUGUCUUGUUGUGGUGUAUGUAGGCUUUCUAAGCCACUUAGUAUUUAGUAGAUAAUUCAUUGUCUGUUAGACUGUUGUUACGUUAGCAACUUCUAACCUUGUACGAUUACAUGUACAGUAUGCCUAAUUUUCUUUAGGAUAGAUCAGGAGUGACCCUUGGGCUUGUUUGCCAGAAAUCUUCCACUGGUGUUUGGUUAAGUUGAAUGUUUGGUCCUUCGUUGUGUUUACAAGUUUUGUAUGGGGAUGAAGGUUGCGUGCUUUGCCUUUGUCUACGUUUGAGAAACCAAAUUACUUGCACAUGAUAUGGUAGAGCCUCAAACCUGCCAAGAAUUUUCUAUUCAGCAACUUAUGACUCAGUUUCCAAAAUAACCCCUACAACCUACUGGCAUAGAGCCUUAUUGUCUUUCCUCAUUUCCCUAUUGUUAAUUUAUUGUCCUACCUUACCCAAGUUGAGCGUUCUAAUUCUAGAGGCACUUGUUACAGUUUGAAGACAUCUUUGUUUUUCUAAUGUAAUGUCGUGC